AUGGAUGGACAAAAUUAUUCCACAGUGACUGAAUUUGUCCUCGAGGGAUUAACAGACAACCCAGAACUCCAGUUGCCACUUUUUCUCCUGUUCCUAGGGAUCUAUGGGGUUACUGUAGUGGGAAAUGUAGGUAUGAUCCUCCUCAUCUCAUUCAGUUCCAAGCUCCAAUCUCCUAUGUACUUUUUUCUUGGCAAUUUGUCAGUAAUAGAUCUCUUUUAUUCCUCGGUUAUAACCCCUAAACUCCUGGGCAAUUUUAUAUGGGAGAAAAAUAUUAUAUCCUACCCUGAAUGUAUGGCACAGCUUUUCUUCUUUUGUCUUUUCGCUACAGCUGAGUGCUAUAUGCUAACUGCUAUGGCAUAUGAUAGAUAUGUAGCAAUAUGUAGUCCAUUGCUUUAUAGUGUCAUCAUGUCUCAGAAGGUCUGCAGUGUGCUGGUAACUGGAGUCUAUAUCAUGGCAUCUUUGGGGGCUAUGCCUUACACUAUCUCCAUGAUCAAGCUUGUCUUUUGUCAAGACAAUGUCAUCCACCAUUACUUCUGUGAUGUGCUUCCUCUCCUACAGCUCUCAUGUUCUAGUACCUACAUCAAUGAACUUCUGUUGAUAUUUGUGGGUGGAUUCAAUGUGCUUACAACAACUGUGGCCAUAAUUAUCUCUUAUGUCUUCAUACUGUGUAACAUUCUUCAGAUACACUCAACUGAGGGAAAGUCUAAAGCCUUUGGAACAUGUGGUUCUCAUCUUACAGCUGUUGGGGUUUUUAACGGUUCUGUCAUAUUCAUGUACUUUAAGCCAACAUCCAGCAGCAAUAUGGCCCAGGAGAAGGUGGCUUCUGUGUUCUAUACCACAGUGAUCCCUAUGCUGAACCCUUUAAUCUACAGUUUAAGAAAUAAGGAUGUAAAGAUUGUGUUAAGCAGAGUCAUGGGUAUGAGGGAUAGUCUACCCCAGAGUGGUAGUUAG